AUGGGGAAGAAACUUCAAACGGAGAACGCGGAGAUUCUAACGGGAGACGCGGUUAUCGAAGUGCGAAAUGCGGACGACAAGCGAGAGGCGAAGAAGGCCAAAAAGGAGAAGAAACUUAAAGCCGAGAAGAAACGCAAACAGGAGGAAUUAAGUGGCGAAGCCCCCGAGGCAGCUGCGGCGGCUCCCGCGAAAGGCGAGAAGAAAAGCAAGAAGAAGCGGCGCGCCGAUGGCGUCUCCUCGCCAAGUGCUUCCCCUGAUUCUUCCGCCGACAGAGCCUCUUCACCCCCCGCCGCUCCUUCCGCGCCAGUCCACGCGAAGCUCGAGAGCUGGGCUGACGUGGACGUCCGCGUGGAAGGUUUGGAGAUCGGCGGCGAUUCGUCCUCCGCGGCGUGCCAACCUCUCCGCCCGCUGACCACGUUCGCGGAAGCCGCGCCGCAAGUCCCCGCGGAUCUGCUCUCCGCGUGCGCGUCGUUCGCGUCCCCCUCCCCGAUUCAGCGCUGGGCGUGGCCCGUGCUGCUGCGCGGGCGCGAUUUGGUCGCGGUAGCGGCGACAGGCUCGGGGAAGACUCUCGCGUUCGGAGUGCCCGGGCUGAAGCACGUGCUCGAAGUGCGCAAGGCGGGGGGAGGUGGAAAGGGGAAGCAGCGUGGGUCCGCGCAGCCGUCGAUGCUGGUCGUUGCGCCAACGCGCGAGCUCGCGCAACAGAUCGCGGAGGUGCUAGAGGCGGCGGGGAAGCGGUGCGGCGUGGGGGUGGUGUGCGUGUUCGGCGGCGCGUCGAAAGGCGGUCAGCGGGCCGCUCUGGCGCAAUCGCCGGGUGUGGUGGUGGCGACGCCGGGGCGCCUUAAAGACCACAUGCAGGACGGCACCAUCUCCCUCGCGGCGGCAUCCUUCGUGGUGUUGGACGAGGCGGACCGCAUGCUCGACAUGGGAUUCGAGCCCGACAUCCGCGCCAUUCUCCAAGCCACGCCUUCCGACCGCCAGACUGCCAUGCUGAGUGCCACAUGGCCGCCGGAAAUCUCCAAGCUGGCCAGCGAUUUCCUCAGGAACCCUGUCAAGGUGAUGGUGGGGAGGAGCACGGGGGGCAUGUCAGCAAACGAUGAUGUGACGCAGAUAGUGGAGGUGGUGGAGCCGUGGCAGAAGAACAAGCUGCUCGUGUCUCUGCUUGAGAAAUACCACAAGUCCAGGAGCAAUCGUGUGCUCGUGUUCGUGCUCUACAAGGUGGAGGCAGAGCGUAUUGAAGCGCUGCUGGCAUCGCACGGGUUCAAAGUGAGUGGAAUCCACGGCAACAAGAACCAGACUCUGCGCACCAAGGCAGUCAAUGACUUCAAAAGCGGCGCUGUUCCCGUACUGGUCGCUACAGACGUGGCAGCGAGAGGGCUUGACAUUCCCAACGUUGAGGUGGUCAUCAACUGCACCUUCCCCCUCACCACCGAGGACUACGUGCAUCGAAUCGGGCGCACGGGCAGGGCAGGCAACAAGGGCAUCGCGCACACACUCUUCACCUCAGAGGAUAAGGCACGAGCAGGCGAGUUAGUGAAUGUGCUGCGGCAAGCCAAUCAACCAGUGCCCGAAGGUCUCUUCAAGUUUGACCUCUCUGUCAAGAAAAAGGAGUCCAAGCUGUACGGUGCACACUUCAAGGAUAUUUCUCAAGUCACUAAGAAGGCCACCAAGAUUACAUUUGAUUCUGAUGAUGAUGAAUGA